AUGACCUUAUCAAAAAGCUGCGUUGAUGGUCCACAUCUAAUCGGCGACUUGACAGAGUUGCAGGGCCUCACCUCUCCGCGAGGACGCACCCAACAAAGAGCGAAGAGCCUGGUAAAAAAAUUACCUUGGCAACUUACAGAGGAUGCAGAGCCCACCCUCGGCAGGACGCACCCUUCGAGGGGCGCAAGACGACGUAGGCGUAAUAAAUAUAGUGUCUUCCAUGCCUUUUACAAAGAUUUAAAUGAUAUGAGCAACGAUUCAAGUUCUCCGGAAGAAGUUAAUAACAAGGUCAAAAAGCUUUUAAAAACAAAAAAGCUUGAAACUAAGAAAGUUGGUAGAAUGUGGAUCGAAAAUGAAGGUCAACAUAACGUUUUGAAGGAUGCUACGAACGUCAGGAAAUCUGAUGGAGAAUUAUCUGAAGAUGAUAGUACUUUACGAAGCAAUCGACAGCCGGAUAAUUUAGCCGAGCAAGAGUUACCACACUCUAUUUCGCGGUCUGAAGUUUAUAAAAGUGUAAACUUUCAACCGGUUACAAUUAAAUACUUCCUUCGUACAGCUAAUAAAUUAACGCAAAUCCCCGAAUCGGUCCGAACUUACCUGGAAAAAAAACCAAAGCCAGAGAAUAAGUCGGCUGAAAGCGAUGUACAAGCUUGGUUUAACGGGCUUAUGGAAGUAUCUAGUUUAACAUGGGAGGGUGUGUCUGCGGUGGACACACAUAAAAUUUCCUAUCUAGGUGGAUUAAUGCCGGGCAUUAGCGUUUUCGACAACGAUGAUAUUGAAGAUGGGGCAUUGGUCGCUAAAUACUCCCAUACGGUUUUGGAAAUCAAGAGGCAGAAAUUCCAAUCCGGCUUGUCUGAUGAAGAUAAGGGCCAGCUGUUGGACUACGUACGCAUACUGGUACAGCAGCAGCCAUUGCGUCGAUAUUUUGCCGCGUACGAGAAUCUAUCGGGAAUUCCAAACAACUUUCGCGAGAGGGCUGUCUUUAUUUUUGAUGAUGAUUUCUCAAAAAUCACCUCUCACAUCGAUUUUUGA